AUGCUGGGCUUCUCAUCCAUUGGUUCUGUAGAGGGCAUUAAUGCAAUAAUGACUGGGCAGCUGAUUAAAUUAUCAGAACAACAAUUAAUUGACUGCAUUAAUAUAACCCAUGGAGCGUUUGAAGAAGGUGGCUUGCCUGCAAACGCCUUUUGGUAUAUAAAGCAAAAUAGGGGAGUUGUGCCUGCCGAGUCUUACCCAUAUGUUGCAAGGAAGUGCCCUUGCAAAAUCUUUGAGGAUUAUAUGGUCACUAUUGAUGGUUAUCAAUUUGUUCCUCAAGACGAAAAUUCGCUGGAGAAAGCGGGCAUUGCAGAUUGUCAUCAUGAGACUCCCUACAGCGAGUUGGAUCACUCGAUGCUUGCAGUAGCAUAUGAUUCGUUCACUGGUUUGAAGGACCAUCAGGAAAUGGUGCUUAAUCUUCAAGGAGCAUAUGCUGAUUCAGAUAUACUAAUUCUGCCUGCACCUUCAACACCUGCUGGGAAGACCAGCACAACUGGAGUGGGGGUGACAGAGUGUGCUGCUGCUGGAGAAGCCCAUCCACACUUGUACAGGCAUGGUGACAGGGGCAUCUUGAGCCCAACUUCUCUCUGA